AUAACAACACAAUUUUCAUGUGUAUUUUUGGGUUAUUUUAUUUAAUUCAAAAAAUAUUUAUAUAUUUAAAUUUACUUAUACAAGUUUGGGCUUGGGAGCGAAUAAUCCCGAUGCAGCCAUUACUUCGUCCUCCAAGAGUAAACGAACGAGAUAUUGUAUUUGCGCAGAAGUGGACUCGGCGUGGAGCUCGUGAAAGCGAGGCACGAGCCGUGCUAGUAAUUUGUAGAGAUGUUUUAGACAACCUAACUGAUGAUCAGUUUGUGUGGGAGCCUUAUACAGAGGCCAUCAAUGAUGGACUUCCGGAGUGGUGCCGACGUGGUCAAGACAUUUGGAUGGCGCAGUUGCCACUCAUUUGUGGAAUCUACCGAGAGUGGCACAUGGUGGGUCGGGUCAACCGACAAUUUGGUAGGGAGCAGUCUGUUCCCGGACCACUCCCCCCACAUAGACCAUUUCACUUUUCACUGGACAAGCGAUUUACGGUAAGUCAGGAGAUGAGGGAAAGUUUUGAGGCAGCUGAAUAUUGGUGGGAACGCCGUCGGGAACUAAUAGUUGAAGCACCAUAUGCUACUGUAGCUCCCGGACCGGAUUCUGAAUAUUUUCGUUGGUACCGGAGGUACUCCCGCACUUUGAUAGGAAAUCCAGAACAUACCGUGGAUAGGGGAUACCAACACCUCGCAGGGAGGCAUGAAGCACUGGCGCGUGGAAUUCAUAAAGUUAGACAUUUGGCUUACAGUGUUCAAGAAGCUCCGUCAGAGUGGCCUUCAGAUUCUCAGGGUAUGAAUGCAUUGAUGCAAAGGUUUAUUAACAUGUCGACUGAGUGUCUGAAUGCUGCUGCAAUGGGGACGAGGUUGACAUUUGAUCCCGAUUACAUACCAUCAGCAGUUUAUGUGGCACCGCCUAAGUUGCCAACUAGUCGUCGGGAUCGUGCAAAUGUACGUCGUGCUGGUAACCCACGGGGUCGAGGUCAGGUGGCGAACCAGCUUAUUGAUGACGAUCAAGUUGACGAUCUAGCGCCACACCCAGACCCGGCUCAUUCAUUCUGUUGUAAUGUCGGCCCAUCUAUGACUGCUUCCUAUCAUCCACCUACGAAUUUACCCACCUCAUAUCACCCAUCCUGUCCACAUGAACCACAUACGAAUUUACCUAGCCCAUAUUAUCCGUCGAUGGAAUUUUCUGGCCCAUCUAUGAUUCAGUCGGAGACUCCAUAUAACUCAUCUAAUAUGGUCACUCCACAAGCAUCAUCAACAUUACAAGGUUUCACCCCAUUUAGCAGUUCCUCACAACCUUGGAGCCAACAGGCUUUGGACAACCUCCUUUUCCAAGUUCCUCAGACUAGUACCUCAUCUCGACCUCCAGCUAAUUUUCCCUAUGAUGGAAGGAGACUCAGUUUUAAUGAUGCAUAUGCACCUACGCCAGACGUUCAGGACUUAGAGGCACAGGGUGCGGAAGGGAUGCAUGAGGCGGUUCCUCCGCGCAGAUCUCGUAGGGAUCGCCGUCCAACACAAUGUGGCACUGGUGGGAGGAAAAGAUGCACAAGUAGGGAUGCAUGAGGAGCUUUAACAACUUAUUUUGAAAAUUUAUUGUGUAUCUAUGGCUAUUUAGACUUAUAUAUGACUUAUUAUAGCGACAUAUAUUUCGUCAAUAUGAAUUAUGGUGUAUUUCGUCAAUAUGAAUUAUCGAGUUAGCGAUUUCCCCCCUCCCAUCCGAGAGCGUCGUAGUCCAAGCCCCACAGUUCAUAGCGCUAUAAUCCAACUCCCCUCUCCUUUAUGUUUUUUUUUUUAAAACCAUCCGCGGAAAAAAGGUUUUUUAGACAUUAAUGAAGUUAGUUAGAUUGAGAUAUAGAUAAUCGAAUACGAUGAAUAUUGGUUGAAAGUUU